AUGGACUUUCUUCGACGAGGACGAUCCUCGCAUGGGGAGGAUAGUGAGCAGCAGGCUUUGGCGGGGCCAUCUACACAACCCGAGAUGGAGGAGGGUUCGCGGCCUCGAUCCAGACGCUUGCCUGGAACAAGACCUGCCCUCUCCUCUAGGAGGCGUCCCGGAAACGGGAUGCAACGACUCGAGGACGAAGAAUCUGACAGCCCCAAAACACCACGGUUCAAUCUCGGCCUCCCGACGCUGCCAGGAACCCGACUGAACCUACCGCACCUCGCGAGGACAUGGACCAGCGGUUCGAACGGCCCGGAUUCGCGGCCCAACUCGACGUCGCAACAACCCAUGAAUCGAGUCGAUGAGUCCCCCACCGAACCGUACAUGACGAGAGUUGGAGAACCGCCAGCCACGACCCGCGUGACAAUGCCCGCGCCUGUCGUACGGCGCCCCGGAACCGAAACCUCGAGCGGAACAAGGAGGUUCGCCGGGCCAGAUCCCGCAGAGAUGCAUCUGGCGCAAUUAGCACAGGAAGGUCGGCGGCGCAGACGACGGACACAUCGUCGACAGCAACUUGACGACCGCAGCGAGGGGCAUCCAAAACGAUUUCUAUUCUGCAUUCCCUGGCCAAAGUCACGACGCAUGCGAUCUCAAAUUCUCCGUUGCUUCAUAUCAGGCGGGUUCCUGACGCUCCUCCUCGCCGUCUACCUGGCACUAUCCCUAACACGGAGUAUUCGCAGCAGCGAGUUCACGGUGUUGCUGAUUCUCAUUAUUUUGUUCGUCACGAUAUUUUUCUGUCACGGCUUGAUCCGGUUAUGCAUGCUUGUCAUCCGGCCACGGCCCGAUGACGAGGCCAGAACGCCGAUGCCGCAACUCUUAGCACCCGGCGGCUACGCCGUGCCACGGGAACCGAUCCGAGUCGUGCUGGCGCGUGAUGAAGAGGAGCAAGGGGAGGUCAGCGAGGCGAUCUUGGCCAAGCCGCCGGCAUACGGCCUUUGGCGAGAGAGUGUGGUAUGUAUUCACAAUCGUGAUUUGCUCGUGGGACUUUUUAGACUAACGCAAGUCGCACAGAGGGUUGAUCCCAAUCGCAUAUAUUGGCAACGCAAUCCGAACGCUGCACCAAACGGGGGAACGCCCAGUCGAGGAGAAAGCAGCAUCGGUCCUCGACCACCAUCAUACGCAUCGGAGGACGGAGUGAGCUAUGUCGUUGAAGCUCGACCCCGAUCCAUGGCACCGGCAGCGAUGACUGACGUACCAACCUCACUGCCUCCACAUCCGUCCGAAAUUGGGCGGAUGGGUGGACACAGGAUUGCGUGGUAA